ACAUCACUCCUGCCCGCCUGUCCACAUCACCUAAUAGGCAGUACUCGGCGUUGGACAAACCGUCUCCAUCACGAUGAUCCGCGAUGGGAACAUGCUUGAGGUGUUUCAUUCUGCACCUGCGCCGAUUUUGAGGAGAAAGGAAAUUGAACUCUACUUAACAACAACGUCAAGACGAUCAUUGGCCAACGUCCCUCCUCCGGCUGAUCUUUGCCACCAGUUCUCCGCGCCCGUCGGAUUGUUUGUGAAAGCCACUGGCUCGAUCUGUUGCGACCGUGCCCGGGCAUCUAUGGUAUCGAUGGACGGCACGGGCCUAUCGAUAGCUCGUGACUCUGCCUCUCGCCGCCGCCUCCGUAAGCCGCAGAGACACCAGACCAGUAAUGCACCGAACACGGUACCCACGACGGGUAAAACGACGGCGAGAGUGAUGACAAUGGGUGUGAGAUCGGUUUGCUUCUUGGCAGCCUGGGGGCUGGAGCUGCUGAUAGCAGCAGAGGACGAUUUUGAGAGUGAGGGCGGAGGAGAGCUAGAAGGAAUAGGGGUAGGCGGGACGGGAGGGAGCGACGUAGGAAAGGUGUUACCGCGAGGGUGCUGCGCAGAGAUUACGGGCGGGGGAGAGAGAGAAGAAAUGAUGGGUCUGAUCAUAGGAGGAACGGAUGGAGGCGAAGAAGAUGAGAUAGGAGAGGAGGAGGGCAAGUCCCAACUGUCUAUUUCGAAGCUCAAGCUGGAGAGCAGGCGGCGCAAGAACAGCUCGGCAACGGAGUCAGACAGUUCCUUCCCUCCGGCGAGGAGUUUAUCCAGCUCGCUCUCGCGGAAGGUGAUCGCAUUGCUGCGCCGGCUCGCUUGCGCCUGAGGCCUACCGCUCUUCGACUCGACCGCCAUGUCAUGGCUUCCAUCGCGCGUGCUCGAUGGAGGUGCAGAAGAGACACAAUGCAGCGUGAAGGUUGUCACAAGCCACAGCACUGCUCCCAUACGAAGACAGAGAGAAGAGCAAACGGCAGCCAUCGUGACCGUUCGCCGAAUGAUUGUAAUCAAAGGGCCGAAUGAUU